UGGACAUAUAAACACAGUUUUCUAUUUCGACACCACGAUGACUGGAUUUAAGAUUUAUGCUUCUCUCAUUAUUCUGUUGGUGCAUUUACCAUCUGGGGAUGGAGUAAUUUGUACUUCAACAUGCACAGUUGCUUGUUGUACGGCUGCAUUUGCUGGCGGGCUGGCUGUACUAGGCUUUGGACCAGCUGGACCCGUGGCAGGUUCAUUUGCUGCGGCGUGGAUGUCUUCAUUGGGUAUCGUUGCAGGUGGUUCGCUUUACUCAAUCUUGCAGUCGAUCGCUAUGGGAGGAACUGGAGUUGUCGCCGGUUGUGGGCAAAUAUGUGCCUUGAUGUGUGUUGGAUCCUAAAUACAAGACUUGGAAGCUGAAUUGACAAUUAAAGAAUAUUCAAUCGAGCAAAACGUGUAAUUAAAUAGGGACGUUAUCAGAGGUUAUAGACUAGCUUUAGCACUGUUCAUGCCCCUCGAUGGUUUCAGCGAAUUUCUAAAAUGAAUUUUGAUAUAACUAAAACGGUGAUUAACAUACAUGAACAUGUUUGCUUCAUUUGCUUAAAAGAAUUAAAUCCGGAUUUCUGGUUUGUCGAUUUCUGGUUUGCACGCAUGUGUGUUUGGCACAAGACAACGUCUGAAUGUCGUUUGAUUAAGAUUGAAAAUCAAUGAGGCGGGUAAAGAUUAAAUUAUUUAGCCGGCUUCUGCCUCUCUCUUUCAUAUCACC